AAUUUGCAUUUUAGGAUAUUCAUAUUCGCUCAGCGAUCAGUAACUGAAAUUUUUUCGAGUAAUUUCGGCAUUUCUGUGAAACCUAAGGAAAAUAAUCUAUAUCCCUGUUAAUAAGCUUACAAAAUGGAUUAAUCGAUCCUUCAUUCGUGUAUCAUCUUGGCUUUACUUAUAAUGAUGGGAUAUCCGCUCAUCAUAGCAUUAGUCGUGAUUGCUAUUUAUGGAUCUCACUCGACCGCUAUUAUUCUUUCUUCCGAAGAGAACAUUGUUGUGGAAAGGAAUGAAGUCUCAAAACAUCAUAUCGUUGAUCCGACCGAAUAUAAUUUUAUGGCACGAAUUUUCAAUAAAUCACUGGGUUCCAUGGAAUGUGGGGGUUUUCUUAGGUCAAUGGACGAAGUAGUUACGGCAGCUCAUUGCAUUUAUAAUAAUGACACGAAGAGUUUUAAAGAUCCGGAGGAUUUUCUCGUUGCCGUUGGAUGCGUCAAUCCCAUCACUAAAAGAGAGAUCUUGUUUAAGAGGCGUAGAGAAGACGAAUCUGGAUGCAAAUUUAGAAGCGUGAUAGCUUUUAAAAAUCAUGAAGAUUAUAACAGCAUCACACAAUCUGGCGACAUGGUUGUUUUGAAGCUAGGAACGCCAUUCAAACCUUCGCCCAGUAUUGGGAUCGCUAAUCUUCCUAAGCAUGGCUACAUCGCCUCCGGUUCUGGAAUUCUGCUCGGAUAUGGUUGCACAAAGACUAGUUGCGACAACAGUAAGCUUCUCAUGGCAGAAGUGUCCAUAGCGAGGGGCCAGACUUGCGAAAAAAUCUGGAAAUCUUCCUGGAUAAACAACGAAACCCAAUUUUGUACUAAUUCUCAUGAAGCGGGUGGUUGCCAUGGAGAUUCUGGUUCUCCAUUACUUUGUUUAGAUAAGGACGGAGGGCAAGUCGUAUGCGGAAUUCUGUUACGUGGGACUCCGAACUGUUCCACGGUAGGUAACGUGUACGCCGAUAUUGCCGCUAAUCUAGAGCUUCUCGGGGUACCCAGGCCACUAAUUAUUGAAUGUCAAUACUGUAUACGAUGGUUUAUCGUGCUUACUGAAAUUAUUUCUGUUUGCAUCGUUAUGUACUGUAUUCAUUCGGUGCAUAUAAAUGGGGUUAAAAAGACUGAAGUGUUUGCCCUUGUACUUUUCUCAAUUAUAUUCGUGGGCGGAAUAACGGUUGGAUUUCUGGAUUAUUGCACGAAGGAUGAUGAAUGAUUGAGUUUCAUGAUGUGGGUUAUAUAUUUAUGUAAAUACCAAUUGCUAGAUGGCGAGAUUGUGGAAGAAGGGUUGUGGAGGAUCUUGAAAAGUUAAUUUAUGGAAUGUAACACACAUUGUUUGUAAGGAUUGAUGAGUUAAAUAGAAACUAGAUCUCUUAGUGGAAGACGCGUGAUAUUCAUGAAAACAGAAAACGGGAACUAUGAGACUAAAGUUUUGAGUAACAGAUUUGUGUAUUUAAUAAUUUUAUCAAUUUACUAUUUAUACAUAUUUAAAAGUUUUAUACCUAAGUCGUGCCCGAAAACUAAAAUGGUUUGUUCUUGCUAUGAUAAACUACAAAUAAAUAAAUAAAUGCAAUUCUGUAAACGCAA